CAUUGUGGAAAGAGCUGUAAGGAGCAUUAUGGGCGAGCUGUCCAAUGAGCCCCGUAGCAACCUGCUCAGCCCAUCCCAGGUGGUUGUGGAGGUGGUGCCCAGGCUCCUCCUGGCCCUGUGGCUUCAGCCAAAGGAAGGCAAUUCAGGGCACCCAAUCCUAAUAAGCGGGAUGGCCGUGGGCAUGGUGGCGGCCGUAGUGGAAAAGCUCUCCAGCAUGUUAAAGGCCCCUUCCCCUCAAAUCCCUUUCUCUCGCGCUGCGGCUUUUGAAUCUGUGUGGUCAAUCCUCGGGAGAAUCAGUCAGUCCUUCUCCACGGAUGACCUCCAGAGCCCAUUUUAUGUGAGAUCUGUCUGUGCCUUCGUGGCUGACGAGGUACAGAGCUGCUUCCAGCCCCCUGCAGCCACCUUACCAGUCCUCCCUGUCGUCGCUGCGGCCGUCUCCACCGCACCUCCAGACAUCCUAGCAGAGACAGACCCGGCUUCUUCCUACAUGGAGGUUGAGAAUAUCAACACUAACACAGAGGCAGACCAGGAUUCUUCCCACCUGGAGGUUGCGGACAUCACCGCUAACACAGAGGCAGACCCGGCUUCUUCCUACAUGGAGGUUGUGAUUAUCAACGCUAACACAGAGGCAGACCAGGCGUCUUCCCACCUGGAGGUUGUGGACAUCACCGCUAACAUAGAGGCAGACCAGGCGUCUUCCCACCUAGAGGUUGUGGACAUCACCGCUAACAUAGAGGCAGACCAGGCGUCUUCCCACUUGGAGGUUGUGGACAUCACCGCUAGCAUAGAGGCAGACCAGGCGUCUUCCCACCUGGAGGUUGUGGACAUCACCGCUAACAUAGAGGUAGACUCUGCUUCUUCCCAUCUUGAGGUUGUGGACAUCACCCAUAACACACAGGCAGACACGGCAUCUUCCAACCUGGAGGAUGUGGACAUAACACGUAAGACAGAGGCAGACCCGGCCUGUUCCCACUUGGAGGUUGUGGAAAUCACUCCUAAGACAGAGGCAGACCCGGCUAAUUCACACCUGGAGGUUGUGGACAUCACCCCUAAGACACAGCAAGAUCCAGCUUCUUCCCACCUUGAGGUUGUGAACAUCACCCGUAACAAAGAGGCAGAUCCGGCUUCUUUCCACCUGAAUGUUGUGGAAAUCACCCUUAACAGAGAGGCAGAUCCGGCUUCUUUCCACCUAAAUGUUGUGGACAUCACCCCUAAUAGGGAGGCAGAGCCCAUCUCUUCCCUCUUGGAGGUUGUGGAUGUCACACCUGAAGAAAGGACUCUCAAGAUGGCCGUCUUAGCCACUCUGCCAACUGACAUCCAAGCAGAGGAUGUUGCUGUGGUCAUCCCAGAUGUCACCCCACACGUCACCAAGGAUGUGACACUGGAUGUUCCAUGCAGAGCUGCAUGCAAAGGGAAAGUCCGCCAAUUUUUUUUCAGGCUUUGGAGGGCAGUGUGCUGCUGCGCCUGCCACGAGGAAGAGGAGGAACAAUACUAGUUAUUCAUCAGACCUUCAGAAAUGGGAUUGAACCAUAGACCAUUAAAUUAUUUGGAUUCAAUUCUGCUUUUCCUGUUUACUACUUAAUUUCAGAACAUUUCUAUGAACUUUCACUUUGCAAGUGUGGAGUAGGUUGUGUAAAUAAUUUGGAAACAUCCCAAUUUUA